AUGACUCCACGUACACGUCGUCGAAAGCACGCCAUCUCUCAACUCAACUUGAUGGUCGUCGGUUUCAAAUCACUCGGAAAGACGUCAUUUAUUCGUAUGCUCUUCGAUACGCUUCGUGGUCGACGAGAUCCCAAAGAUAGCAUUCCGUUACCCUCCUCGGGAGACCCCGAAGCUGCAAGCACAAAAGAAUUAUAUUCGGUUACGUUGGACGUCGAGGAGGAAAAUGAAAAGAUUUCCCUGACGUUGGUUGAUUGUCCCGGAUUUGUUAAGGAUAACGAACUACGACUUGAUGUACAAGUUACUGAGAUCUUACGCUACAUUGAGUCUCAAUUCGAUUUAACUUUGGCCGAGGAAACUAAAGUUAAACGAAAUCCGAAAGCUCUAGAUAGUCAAAUUCAUGCAUGUCUUUAUUUCAUUGAUAACACGAAUAAUGGUCUGACUGAUAAGGAUAUUCGCAUUCUAAAGCGUUUAACGGCGCGCGUAAAUGUCAUACCGGUGGUUGCCAAAGCAGAUCUUUUAACCACAUCACAACUUGCCAACUUAAAAAAGGCGAUCAAUCGAGAUUUGAAAUUUCAUCAAAUCCCUGUCUUUGAAUUCGCUGAAGCGGAAGACGACACGGAUGUUGAUCAAGAUCUCGAGGAGCGUGAAGAGAGCGAGCAAACAGCCUCGUCAUUCCAAUCUCUGAUCCCAUUCUCGUUAAUCGCGCCCGAAGACGCAGUCGUCACAGACCCCAACACCGGCGAUCGAAUUCGCGGGCGUCAAUUCCCAUGGGGAAUUAUCGACUGUCUGAAUCCGAAACACUGCGACUUUGUCGUACUCAAAAAUGUCUUGCUGACGAGUCAUCGUAAACUAUUCAAGGAUCGUACGCUGGAGUCGUUUUACGAGCAAUAUCGCACGGAAAGAUUGUUGGCCAGAAAGGCGAGUAAGAUGAUCACCAAGGAACAGAAGAAGAAACUGUUGGAGGAUUUGUCGGAAAUCUAG